AUGUUUCCUGGCAGGAUCGGUGAGGAUGUGGCGAGGGUGACGGAGGGAAGCUACGCAGGGAAACACUUCCGCAUGGGUUUCAUGACCAUGCCAGCGCCCCAGGACCGCCUUCCCUCCUCCUGUGGCCAGGGCUUCACUGUGCGUUCCCAGUCUCUACACUCUGUCGGCGGGGGUGAUGAGGAUGGGAGCCCCAACUCCCGUAAGCUACCGCCGCCCAAACCCAAGAGAGACCCCAACACCAAGCUCAGCAUCUCCUCUGAGGGUGUGAACUCUGGAUCUGCCUCCAGCAAUUGCAACAGAGACAGCCUGGUCAAGUUUGACCGGUCCAAGUCGCGACCUUUCAGUGAGGAGUACAAGCGGAUCCCUCCUCCCAAGCCAAAGAGGAACCCUAACACGCAGCUGAGUACCUCCUUUGAUGAGUCCUACAUCCAGAAUCAUGGCAACAGGAAGGAAGGAAGGAGGGAAAAGUCCUCAUCGCAGAGCCAGAGCCCAGCCCCAGAUACGGAGGACGAGGAUGAGCCUGUCUACAUCGAGAUGGUGGGUAACAUUCAGAGGGAACUGAAGCAACACCUCCUGGAGGACGAGGACCAGAGUGAGUCGGUCUACGAGGAAAUGAAAUAUCCCAUGUUCGACGACAUGCUCCAGGACGCUAAGUGGGAACAGGACAUGGAGCAGGGUCGUUCCUCCUCCUCCCACACCACCCCCCGGGGGUCCCUCUGUGACAUCCCCGCCCCCUUCCCCAACCUGCUCACCCAUCGGCCGCCCUUGCUGGUAUUUCCGCCAGCCCCUGCCCAGUGCUCGCCUAACUCGGAUGAGUCACCCCUCACCCCGCUGGAUGUCACAAAGCUGCCCAUGCUGGAGAAUGUUGCCACUGGGCAUCGGCGUCGGCUCAUGGGUAUCCCAGAAGCCAUUCCGCGUGUCCCUCACCUGUAA